AUGGCCCCCAGGACCCAGGGCUCGGAUCCGCGCCAAGGCGUUCCGAUGUGUGACGGGAGCCACACGGCCUCCACCCUCCGCUAUUGCAUGACGGUCAGCGGCACAGUGGUUCUGGUAGCUGGGACGCUCUGCUUUGCUUGGUGGAGCGAAGGGGAUGCAAGUACCCAGCCUGGCCAGCUGGCCCCACCCAUGGAGCAUCCGGUGCCCGAGGGCCCCAGCCCCCUGCUCAAGUCCGUCAGCUUCGUCUGCUGCGGUGCAGGUGGCCUGCUGCUGCUCAUUGGCCUGCUGUGGUCCUUCAAGGCCAGCACCCGGGGGCCACCCCGAUGGGACCUCUAUCACCUCUCCAGAGACCUGUACUACCUCACUGUGGAGUCCUCAGAGAAGGAGAGCUGCAGGACCCCCAAAGUGGUUGACAUCCCCACUUAUGAGGAAGCCGUGAGCUUCCCAGUGGCCGAGGGGCCCCCAACACCACCUGCAUACCCUAUGGAGGAAGCCCUGGAGCCAAGUGCACCAAAGGAUGCCCUGCUCAGCACCCAGCCUCCCUGGCCUCCACCCAGCUACGAGAGCAUCAGCCUUGCUCUUGAUGCCGUUUCUGCAGAGACGACACUGAGCACCACGUGCUCCUGCUCAGGCCUGGUUCAGAUUGCACAGGGAGGAAGCUAAAGGCUCCUAGCGGGCCCUGAAUCCAGAGACAAAAAUGCUGUGUCUUUUCCAGAGUCUCGUGCAGUGCCUGGGCCACAGUAGGCACUCAACAGAUGUUCAUUGUCGAAGGCUGUUCUAUUUAUCUAUUGCUGUAUAGCAAACCACCCCAAAUUUAGUGGCUUAAAAUAAAUCCCAUUUUAUUAUAUCUCA